CUCGUCAAGAUGGCCUCAUGCGGACAUCAGGGGCGUCCUGACAUGUACGGCUUGGGCAUUCGACUGGGGAUUUACAUCCAGUGGCUCGGCGAGAUAUUGGUCGAAUUCUUUGACGACGCAGAUGUCUCUGAUAUCCGGCUCCUGGGCCUUCUUCUGUCCGGAGGCAUCAUUCUCGGAUUACUCGUCGCAAUUGCCAGCCAGGACGUCCAACCCGCCGGCGUUUACAUCGUGCUUCAGCUCGCUGCCGGAUGCUACAUCUUUCUGAUACCGAUAUAUAUCUGGAACACGCUCUCUUGCUGUGACCCCAAGUGGGAUCCGCUGAAGUGGACGGGGGAAAUCAAGAUGCCGGUAUAUGGUAUCUCGAAUGUGAUCCUUCUCACAGUCAUCUCGGCCAUUGGGAUAUGGUUCUUUGUGACCUAUAUACCGACCCAAGGGCGCCAGUGCGAGCAGUUCGGCUUCUUCUUCGCCAAAAUCAAGCUUGACAAUGCUGCCUUUGUAGUGGAUCUGCUGCGGACCAUGCGCGGCAUAUCGAACCUGGUCGUCUACGGGCUUCACAUCGCAGCCAUUGAGCUGACGCUGCAAUGGAACCAGUUCGACAAUACCAACGGGGUAAACACCAGCUCGCAGACGAUUCCGCUUCUUGUCAGUCUCGGCAUCUUGUUGCGC